AUGGUUAAUGAAGCUCGUGAUGAGUCCAUGAAAGAGCAAAUGGCUGUGAUUUUUAGAUAUGUUGAUGCAGAAGGUUUUGUGAAAGAACAUUUUUUUGGGCUUAUUCAUGUUGUUGACACUGUGGCUUUGACUCUAAAGAAGGGGAUAUAUUCUUUGUUAUCUCAACAUUACUUAGAUAUACAAAAUAUUCGAGAAUUGCUUUUUCCGAUCAAAAUUGUUAAUGUUUCAUGCAAGUGCAAUGAGCAAUUGAAAGUUGCCAAUGCUAAUGAAAUAGCACGUUUGAUUGAUCUUGAAGAGCUUGAGACUGGAAUUUUACAAAAUAUAAUUGAUGAUGCAAUUGAUGGAGAACAUUGGGCAGAAUCAGAGUCGGCUUAUGAGGGUUUAACUUCAUUUGAAUUUGUCUUCAUCUUGCAUCUUGAGAAAGAAACUAUGAAGAUCACUGAUAAACUUUGUCAAACUUUGCAAAACCAAUCUCAAGACAUUUUAAAUGCCAUGCAUUUAAUUUCAUCUACUAAAGCACUUAUCCAAAAAUUUAGAGAUGAUGGGUGGGAUGGCUUACUCACCACUGUGAUAUCAUUUUAUGAGAAGUAUUGCAUUGAUGUCCUGGAUAUGAAUGCUUGUUAUGUUGCGAGGCGAGGUCGAGCUCAUUCUCAACUACAGGAACUAAAUUAUCGGUUUAAUGAAGAUGCAAUGGAGUUACUUAGGCUUAGCUUAGCUUUAGAACCUCAAGAGACAUUAAAAUCUUUCAGAAGUAGUGAUCUUUGUUUGUUGGUAAAGAAUUUCUAUCCACAAGAUUUCACAAAUUAUGACAAACAAGUGUUGGAGAAGGAGCUUUAUCAUUUUGAGUAUAAUGUAGUCCAAGAUCCAGAGUUCAAAAAAUUGAAAAGUUUAUCUGAGUUGUCUCAAUGGAUUACGGAGGUCAAAAAAUCCAUCACCGAGCUUUUACAUCAUGAGGAGGUCUUCUGGAAACAGCGGUCUAGAGCUGUAUGGCUUCCUGCUGGGGAUAAGAACACAAAGUUCUUUCACCAGCGUGCAAGCCAUAGACGACGCCUAAAUCAUAUCAACGGUUUGCAUGAUGGGCAGGGAGUUUGGCAAACAGAUGAGGGUAGGGUGGCCUUUAUAGCUGAGGAGUAUUACAAAGAAUUGUUUACCUCCAAUAAUCCGAUGCACAUGGAUGAGGUGUUAGACUCUAUAGACCGGGUUGUCACAGACGGCAUGAAUGAAACUUUAGUGCAGCCGUACACUGAGGAUGAGGUUCGUACAGCAUUGUUCCAGAUGCACCCCUCAAAAGCCCCGGGUCCGGAUGGUAUGUCUCCUUUUUUCUUUCAAAAGUACUGGCAUGUUGUAGGGCAGGAUGUUACCUCUGCUGUGCUCUCGGUUUUACAUUCAGGGAGAUGCCUCCGUAAAAUGAACUUUACUCACAUUGUGCUUGUCCCAAAAGUAAAUGACCCCCAGCAUAUUACUGAAUUCCGUCCGAUCAGCUUGAGUAAUGUGGUCUCUAGAAUUGUAUCUAAGGUGUUAGCAAACAGGUUGAAAACUAUCCUCCCUAAUGUCAUCUCGGAUUCACAAAGUGCAUUUGUACCAGGUAGGCUUAUUACUGAUAAUACGACAGUGGCAUUUGAGAUGUUGCAUCGAAUGCGAAAUAGGAGGCGCGGACGUACUGGGCACAUGGCUGUCAAGUUGGAUAUCAGUAAGGCAUAUGAUCGAGUGGAAUGGGCUUUCCUUAGAAGGAUAAUGCUCAUGUUGGGGUUAUCUGUGCAGUGGGUAGAUUUGGCCAUGGAAACUGUUUGCACAGCCUCCUACUCCAUUCUUAUAAAUGGAGAGCCAAAAGGUUUCAUCACCCCAACCCGAGGGAUAAGGCAAGGGGACCCCCUAUCCCCCUAUUUAUUCUUAUUAUGUGCUGAGGGUCUUUCAUCUUUGCUUAGAAAAGCCACAGAAAGCAACCAGAUCCAUGGGUUAAUGUCAUGUCGUGGGGGUGUAAAGAUAUCUCAUCUUCUCUUUGCUGAUGAUACUUUGCUCUUCUGUGAGGCUCGCACUAGGGAGUGUCAAAACCUUUUAACCAUAUUGGCACAAUAUGAAGCUGCUUCUGGCCAAGCUAUCAAUAGGCAAAAAACAACUCUCUUUUUUAGCCGGAACACUGCACCUGAGGUUAAGCAAGAGAUCCAAGCCUUACUUGGUGCACAAGUGAUGAAUGACUGUGAGAAAUAUUUGGGGCUGCCAAUGGUAGGGGGACAAUCCAAGGUGUCUACUUUCAGGGGGUUGUUGGAACGUAUAACGAAUAAGGUGAUGGGGUGGAAGGAGAAACAUAUUUCAAAAGCUGGAAGAGAGGUAUUGAUCAAGACCGUGGCACAGGCUAUUCCGACUUAUUCUAUGAGUCUUUUCAAAAUUCCCAAGGCCAUUUGUGAUGGUAUAAAUUCUGUCUUGGCUAAAUAUUGGUGGGGUCAAUCUCGUAAUGAGAGGAAAAUUCAUUGGAUUAAUUGGAAUAAGCUUUGUUCCCCCAAGAAUAAAGGUGGUAUUGGAUUCCGGGAUAUUCAUGCUUUUAACCUGGCUAUGCUUGCCAAACAAGCUUGGAGCCUUAUUCAGGGGUCCCACUCUUUGUUUUAUAGGGUGUAUAAAGCUCGAUACUUUCCUUCUUGCUCAUUUAUGGAUGCUGAAUUGGGUAGUAACCCCUCCUUUGUUUGGCGCAGCCUCCUUAAAGCAAGAGAGCUCAUCACUGCGGGUUCUGCCUGGAAGAUUGGUGAUGGCGAAACUGUUGGCAUAGAGAGUCAUAAAUGGCUCCCACGGCCUCCUAGUUUCAAGCCUGGAGCGGACCGAUCACUUAAGGUUAGUCAUCUGUUUGAUGCUGAUACCAGACAGUGGAAUAGACCGUUGAUUCAGUCACUGUUCCAUGCUUCCACAAGGGAUGAUAUCCUACGGAUUAAGCUAGGGGAUGCACGAACACGAGAUAAGCUUCAAUGGAUUGAGACAAAGAGUCGAACAUUCUCGGUCAAAUCCGCCUACCAUGUUGCACUUCGUCUUUCCAAUGCAACCAUUGGGGAGCAUUCUCUUGCUAACCAGGAUAAGGGAUUGUGGAACAAGGUUUGGUCCCUUAAUACUCCCCCGAAAGUUCGGAACUUCAUUUGGCGUGCUUGCUCUGAUAUCCUGCCUACUAAGGUCAAUCUUCAACGGCGGAAAGUACAAGUUGACCCCAAAUGUGCCUUCUGUGGUCAACAGGAUGAAACAACAUGCCAUGUCCUGUGGGAGUGUCCGUUUGCUCGGUGCACUUGGUCCCAUGUCCGAGGCAAAAUUCAGAAGUCCAACUCCGUAGCUUCAUGUUUUCACCUACUGACUAGGCAGAUGAUGGGUAGACUUCCAAAGAAAGAGCUGGAAGCGUGGGCUAUGAUUUCCUGGUCCCUGUGGAAUGCUCGCAAUAAGGUCCACUUUGAGCAAGUUCGGCCUCACCCUGCUGGGAUCCAACGGGGAGCGAUUGCUUUCCUUGAGGAGUAUCAACGGCACAUGGCAGCUCUCCGUCCUGUGUAG